AUGCAUCGGGCAUCGACUUCAACACAUGCACAACCUCCUCAACAUGAUGACAUUGAGCAUAAUUACAACACUCCAGAAAUAGAAGGAACUAUGGAUGCAAGAAGACAUUUAAUUUCUUCCUUCUCUGAUUUAGGAAUGCCAAGCAUUUUUGGAGCAUAUGCCCCAACUCCACCUUUAGCACAGGGUUUUGAAGGACCUUAUCAACAAUCCCCUUAUAAUGUCUAA